UUAUGGUGCAAGUUUCUUUGUCGUUGAGGCUGAUAAAACAAGAAAGACAUCGAGAAUGGUCGUGUUGUGGAGGCUGUCUCCGUUUGGGGUUGUUUUGUUAGUGGUUCUGGCUCUGGUUUUAGUGCCCGGAACCCAUGGUUGGAGCAAAGAAGGUCACAUUUUGACGUGUCGGAUUGCUCAGGGUCUAUUAGAGCAAGAGGCUGCAGCAGCUGUUGAAAAUUUGCUGCCAGACUAUGCCAACGGAGACCUUUCGUCCCUCUGUGUAUGGCCGGACCAAAUCCGGCAUUGGUAUAAGUAUCGAUGGACAAGUCCGCUUCACUUCAUCGAUACACCGGACGAUGCUUGCUCGUAUCAAUAUUCAAGGGACUGUCAUGAUCAGCAUGGUGUAAAGGACAUGUGUGUUGCCGGUGCAAUCAAAAACUUCACCUCACAGCUUGUGCACUUCAGGGAGGGAUCUUCGGACCGACGCCAUAACAUGACAGAAGCGUUGUUGUUCUUGUCACACUUCAUGGGAGAUAUCCAUCAGCCGAUGCACGUCGGAUUCACGAAUGACGAAGGAGGGAACACAAUCGCAUUGCGGUGGUUUCGGCACAAAUCGAAUCUGCAUCAUGUGUGGGACAGGGAGAUCAUCCUUACAGCUCUUGCAGAUUACUAUGAAAAGAACUUGGAUAGCCUUCAAGAAGACUUAGUAGGGAAUUUCACUGAUGGAAUUUGGUAUGAUGAUGUUGCAUCAUGGGAACAAUGUGAUGAUCUUCUUCCAUGCUUGAACAAGUAUGCUACAGAGAGUAUAAACAUAGCUUGCAAAUGGGGUUACAAAGGCGUAAAGUCUGGACAAACACUGGCAGAGGAAUACUUCGAUUCAAGGAUGCCUAUUGUAAUGAAAAGGAUUACUCAAGGAGGAGUUAGAUUAUCCAUGAUCUUGAACAAGGUCUUUGGUGGAUCUGAACAAGGUUUUGCAACAUCAACUUGAAUGGAUGCAAAAGGACCACAAAACACAGACUUAUUGCUUUUAAUCUCAAACCAUCAUUGAAUUUGACUCAAGUCAGAAUGAGUUCAUGCAUGCAUAUAUGUAUGUACAAAGUUAAUCCCCAUUCAUUUGUACUCUGUAAUUUGAACAUUCAUAAAUGAACAGGUUAGCAAAUAUCAA